AUGGCUAGGGGUGAAACAGAAACCUCGCCUCUCCUUGCCCCACCCUCCCCGGAGGCCGGGGCGCUUACAUACACCGAUAGGCAGUCAAUAUCUCCUGCGGUACAUCCUCCAGAUGACAACAAGUUGAGCUUCAACCGCGUAGGGCUCAACCCUUCCACUUUCUGGGUUCUGUGCAUAUCCAUGUGGGUGUGCUCUUUCUUGAAUGCUUUUGACGGAGUGGUCGUUGCGACUCUCUUGGGACCUAUAUCAUCAUCCUUCAAAGCCACCAAUAUGGCCUCUUGGCUGGGAACAUCUUACAUGCUGUCUGUAUGUUGCUUCACCCCUAUCUAUGGGAGAUUGUGCAACAUCAUUGGACGUCAAUACUCUAUGCUGCUGGCACUUACUCUCUUCACUCUGGGCAACUUCUUUUGUUCGAUAGCCCCGAGUAUGAAUACUCUUGUUGCCGCAAGAGCUCUUGCUGGUAUGGGUGGCGGUGGCCUUAGCUCAGGCAACACGAUCAUGAGCGAUAUUGUCCCUAUAACGCAUCGUGGUAUCUUUCAAGGACUCGGGAAUCUGGCUUGGGGGGCUGGAAUGGGUCUGGGAGCCCCUGUUGGCGGUGUGAUCAGCGAUUACCUCAACUGGCGAUGGGCUUUCUGGUUUCAGAUCCCUAUUCUUCUCCUUGGUGUCUAUCUCGUCCACGCCAACGUUCGUUACACCAUCCCCUCCUCCCCCGCUUCUGGCUCAGCUACUCCCAACGGCACUUCCGCCCAGACCCCUUACCAACUUUUCAAGCGUAUUGAUUUCAUGGGCUGUAUCCUCCUCGCGGGUUGGGUGGGCUCUGCCUUGGUAGCAGUGUCACUGAAGACGAACAGCACGGCAGCGGAAGCCCUAGACUGGGGGCAUCCCAUCAUAUUGAGUCUGUUCAGCGCUUCGGCGGUAUUGUUUGUCCUGUUUCUUCUCGUUGAGCUCAAGUGGGCGGCGGAGCCAGUCAUGCCAUUUGAGCUGCUCGUCAGCAGGACGCCUGUAACGGUUGCGAUCAACAACUUUGUCCUUUCCGCUCAAAACUAUGCUACACUAUAUAGUGUGCCCCUAUUCUUCACUGCAGUCCGUCAAAUGUCAACCUCCAAUGCGGGUGCCCAUCUCGUACCAGGGUCCAUCAUGGGAAUGUUUGGAUCUCUUGGCACCGGCAUCAUUGUCCGCUACACCAAAAAGUACUAUUGGCUCAACUCGUUCUGCGCUCUUGUGGGAGUGGUGGGAACAGUUCUAAUUGCUACUUGGGAUACAACCACAAGCGAAUGGAUGUUGUGGUCCAAUAUGGCAUUUGGGAGCUUUUCGAUGGGGGCGGUCACUACGUUGACCAUUGUGGCGCUUAUCGCGGAUGUCGGGCCUGAACAUGUCGCGGUUGCAACCAGCUUGUCGUAUGUCUUCCGAACGAUAGGGCAAGUAUUGGGCGUGUCCUUGUCCGGCGCACUGACUCAAGCUGUUCUUGAGAGGGAGCUUGAGCUCAGGAUCCAAGGUCCCGACGCUGAAAAGGCGAGUCCCAUUGUCUUUCUAGAGUAUCAAAGCUUACAAACUGUAAAGAUCAUCGCUGCCAUCCGCGAAUCGUCUCAAUCUAUUCGCUACCUCGAUGAGCCCCUUAAAACCAUUGCCAUCCUCUCCUACCAAAAAGCCCUCCGCGCAGUAUUCAUCUGCGUCGUCGUACUGGGAAUCAUCACUUUCCUCAGUGGUCUGGGCAUCCGAGAGAUCGAUAUGCACCAGAUCUUGGCCAAGGAUAAGCAACAAGACGAUGAGGAGGACGGGAUUGACGAGCAGGUCUGA